AGUGUUUAACCGGGGUUAGUUCGUGAGUGCGUGAAGUGUUGUUAGUGAUAAAGUUUAAAAUGGAGCAGCCAUGACGCAUCCAUCGCAUCAAACCAACGGCGCGAGCUUAGAGGAUUGCCACACGAACUUCUUCGCUCUGACUGACCUCUGCGGCAUAAAAUGGAGGAAAUUAGUGUGGGGAGAGGUGGCCGGUGGAUUUGGGGGCACCCCCCUUGAGGAUCCGGUACUUUCGAGUUUCUCUCGUUGUCUUGCGAGCGAUAUCCUGUGCGUAUGGCGGCGGAUCGCCGCCGCACCUCCCUCGGGAACAUCCGGAGCCGGCGGGGGCGGAAUAUUCGACCUGGGGCUCGCUCCGUCACCGGCACCCCCGCCCCUUUCGCUCACCGCCGCCAAGGAACUCUGGAUUUUUUGGUACGGCGAGGAACCCGAUCUCACCGGACUAGUUUCACCGGAGCUCAUCGCCUGCGAAGGCGAACAAGGCUCUUGGGAAAGUGGAUUGUCUUAUGAGUGCCGAUCCUUACUAUUCAAGGCUCUGCACAAUUUAAUCGAACGCUGCUUACUUUCUCGUGAUUUUGUCCGCCUUGGGAAAUGGUUCGUACAGCCCUAUGAUGGGUUCGAAAAACAUCGCUGCAAUAGCAGUCAUUUGUCAUUCUCGUUCGCAUUUUUCGUCCAUGGAGAGAGCACAGUUUGUGCUAGCGUGGAUGUCAGGCAACAUCCCGCUGUACGACAUCUCACCAGAGCUUGUCUCCAGCGAACUCAAACUGCUCAAUCCGCUGUCAAAGUCAUUUUGGCACCGUAUGGUCUGGCUGGGACUUUGACAGGUCAAGUUGGCCGAGUAGACAGUCAGCUUUUGGAAGAGUGGAAACAUUUUUAUCCAAUAAAUGGUGCUUCGACGGAUACCGGACUUCCACCAUUGGUCGAAGUUCUUGUUGGUGGAGUUCGCAUGCGCUAUCCUUCUUGCUAUGUCCUGGUUACUGACAUGGAUGACGUACCUGCAGAUGCUCCUCUCUCACCACCCACCAGCCCCGCUAACUACGAGCACCCUCUUUCCACACAGAGAGACUUAAAAGCAGCCAGCGAAUUACCUGAACGGGUUUGGGCUGAGUGCACGCUCAACUCGCCAACACCUACACCUAAGACAAACGAAUCUUCACUGGAACCUGGUACAUGGACCUUUGCCGAUGCCACGAAAAAGUCUUCCUGUAGCUGCUCCAAGUGUGCGACCCCCGGGGGUUGGAAGAGUCUGGCUUCUGCGCAGUUUCAUAGGGAGAAAGUAGAUAAAGGUGGACGGAGGCUAGUGCCGUUCCAUAGACGCUCCACAACUCAGUGGGACGUGUCUCCCCCAGUCCCUGCCAAUGCCCCCAGAUCCUUGCUAAAUCGCACGGAGGCUCCGAGCACGCCGCCUGGUGGCCCUCCAUCAUAUCCGAGGGGACCUCCAACAGGAGGGGACUGCCUACCUGUUCCUUCGGUUGGCUCUCCAGGAUCGCCGGCACCGUCACCGCUUCCGACGCCACACUCUGAACCAGCUUCCGUUCCACCAGCAGAUCCCACUAUGCCUACUCUCAGCCCACAGCCACCACCCAGUCAGCCAAACGCUGCUCCUCCAAUGACUCCACCUCAGGGUCCAAAGUCGGCGUCGUCUACUUGUAACCAAGUGUUCAGUCCUGUUCCUGGACCAACCUUGAAAAGACCAGUACUAGCAUCUAGAGAAUAUGAAGGAGCUCUUCUAGAAGAUGAACAACCUUUGUCGUGGCUGUACGAUUACUCGACACAGGAAGCGUGGCUCAAUCAUCCUGUCAAGAGAUUUAAGGGUUCUCCCACUGGCCCUACCAAUCUCAGAGGGACUAAUUUGUAUCCACCAUCUAAUCAACAACAACAAUUGCAGGCUCCAAAGCUUGAGAUUAAACAGGAGCCAAACACAACACCAGGCGAAUGUACCGGAGGGAGAACGGAUCCUUAUGAAUUUGAUGCAGCAGGCGAAGAGAAUGGGACUGGAGUGGAUGGCUUGAGAAGACCGAGAGAAGAUCCUCCAAAACCCGGCUCUCUUUUCACCAGUGAGGGUCUGCAGGCUUCAUAUAAGGAUCUUGAUCAGAUCUUUGACAACUCGGAUCCUGAUACUUCUAGUGACGAGACUAAUUUAAACCAGCUUCAAGUGCAAACUCCACCUGGAUCGAACAAGUCGGGAGGGCUUCACGAAGAGACCAGACUGGACAGUACCAACAAGCACAAUAAUAGAGGCGUUGGGGUACUUCGACCUGAAGAGUUGUCGAAAAUGUUUCCGACCCCUCCUUCUCUGGAGCACAACCCUGUUGCGUCACCCUGCCAGCUCAGUGAUCCACCAAUGGACCAGACGGAACUCUCGAACAAUCAACGGUCGUUGAGGCAUCUGCCGGACAUUUAUCCAAACAUGGGUUCUCCGGCUGAGGAACCCAUUGAUGAUUGGUCCUAUGUAUUUAAACCUGCGCCAAUUUGCAAACUUGUUGGUUCUUCCAAGUACGCCCCGCUCACUAAUCUACCCAGCCAAUCGUUACCUCCGGUUUCUCUGCCUUCUCACUGCGUCUACAGACCUUCGUGGCAGUGCAAUCCGACUACGAAUAACAAUCCAGAGAAGGUUCUUCCACCCACUAGACCUGGAUCGGUUCAACAGCCUUGUCCGCCUAGCCCUGCACCUUUAGGGACGCCAUACCGGGCUGCUACUUUGUCUGGAAGACCACCACCUCCACCUUACGAUCAACCAAGCCCAGCAACUUCUACAACUUCUUCUUAUCUCAAUAAAAAUUUGAAUAGCAUCGAGGCCGAUACUCCUGGGCCAACGCGAGCUCCAGAAUCAAAUUCUUUGGUCGUUAAUAUUCUACUCGGAGAUACGGCUCUCAACAUAUUUAGGGAUCAUAAUUUCGAUAGCUGCAGUCUUUGCGUUUGUAACGCUGGGCCGAAAGUAGUAGGUAACAUAAAAGGUGCCGAUGCCGGAAUUUAUGUAGCUGGAUCCUGGGGACCUGGAGGUGCAUUGUUCCAAGAUGACGAUCAAAUACGAUGCAGUUGCGGAUUUAGCGCAGUUGUCAAUCGUCGUCUUGCCCACCGAGCAGGUCUUUUCUACGAGGACGAAAUGGAGAUCACUGGAAUCGCGGAGGAUCCCUCUGACAAGAAAAAGGGUUCUCUAGUUGGAGUCGCUUGUGGGGGUGGUAAACCACCACCGGAAGGUCUGGAUUCUGUACCUCCAAAUGUGCUGGAAUUACUAAGAGAGCAAUGUUUAAUCGUUCAAAGUUCGGCAAGUAGUCUGAACAGAGCUGCUCGAAUUUACGCAGGUAUGCGAAGUUAUCCCUCGCUUAUACCCACGGUUAAUACCCUUGAGUUUAACGACGGCAACGAAGUAUCUCUAGCAGCGCUAGACCAGGGGAAAGUAGAUGGCACUCCAAAUGAAAGAACGAAUCGACUGAACGGUGUGCAUCGAUGGGUAUUCCUCAGAGCACAUGGUCCUCAGUGUAGCGGAGAUAUCGUGAGAGUGAUGAGAUCAUUGCAGCCCUUGUUACAAGAGGCUGUGCAGCGAAAAUGUACGACCAGAAUGUGGGAGGCUCCGUAUACAGUCGCUGGACCUCUUACCUGGAGACAAUUUCAUCGUUUGGCUGGGCGGGGGACCGAUGAUAGAUGCGAACCUCAACCUAUUCCAGCACUGGUUGUUGGCUAUGAUCGAGACUGGCUCUCUCUGUCACCUUACGCUCUCAGUUAUUGGGAAAAAUUAUUACUCGAACCUUAUGCUGGGCCAAGGGACGUUGCCUACAUUGUCGUGGCACCUGACAGUGAACCAGUUAUUUCUAAAGUUCGAUCGUUCUUCAGGGAGCUCUCUACCACUUAUGAAAUUUGCAGACUGGGUAAACAUACUCCGAUAUCGAAGGUACUACGUGACGGCAUUCUUCGUGUCGGAAAAGCCGCAGUUCAAAAAGUUUCCAAACAACCAAUUGACGAGUGGUUCAAAUUAUUGGGUGAAAAUCAAAUAGGAGAAUUAUUAAGGCUUUAUGCUCAGGUAUGCAACCAUAGAUUAGCGCCACACCUAACACAGGUCAUACAGGAUAGAAGUUUACUCGAGCCCGGUGAGUCACCCAGUAAACAACAGCAAGCUCCCGCAACUCCAGCUCCAGAAAUUACACCGGCUACUCCUGACAGUGUAACGCCGAAGACAGAACCUACCGAAGGUGAAAAUGUUAGAAGCGAAACACCGUCGUCCAAUACGCCGCCAAAUCCUGGCCCAGGAACCGGUAAUACCACACCUGCGACCACCAAUACUACAACUACUCCAACGACAACUGUGGGACCGGAUGAAGAAGAAGUUGAACCACCAGCAGUUGUGGUGUAUUUGGUCGAACCAUUCUCAUUAGGUGGCGCCGAGGAUCCUGAUAGGCGUAGAUUGGCUAUUUUGGCUUUACUACGUGCUUAUUCUACGGCGGUUAACAGCAUGCCGGAGAACAUAAGAUCUAACAUCAACGUCCAGUUGAUAUCCCUGGAGAGCAUCAUGGAGUUGGGCAGAGCAAGAGAGAGGCGGAGGGCCCAGGACGAGAUGAGAUCGCUGGCUCUCAAUGUAUUCUUACAAGGUCGACGACUGCUUAAUCACAAUUCAAUGGUCAAGAGCCUCACUGGCUUUGGGACUGCAGCUGCCGCAGAUCUCUUUCUUAAAAGCAAAGAUGAACGAAACAAAGCUCCAUAUCGGCUUUAUGCUCCUGCAUACGUUUUGGCUCCUUUGCGCGGCAAAAGCGAAGCUCCCGAAUCGUUUGGAAUGGCAGGACCUGAAGAAUGUGCAGUGCUGUACUUGAGCUAUUGUUUGAGCGAAGAUCAAGCCUGGCUGCUAGCUGUUGCGACGGACGACAGAGGAGAAAUCUUUGAGACAGCAACGAUCAAUGUUGAUGUGCCAAACAGAAGACGCAGAAAGCGAGCCUCUGCCAGACGGGUUGGACUCCAAAAACUGAUGGACUUCAUCCUUGGCGUUAUGUCACAAGGGGUUCAGCCAUGGAGAUUGGUAGUCGGUCGUGUAGGUCGCAUUGGCCACGGUGAACUGAAAGGCUGGAGUUGGCUCCUAUCUCGCAAGGCGCUUCUUAAGGCAUCCAAACAUUUGAAGGAUAUUUGUGGUCAGUGUAGUCUCAUGUACCCAGGAGCAGCACCUUGUGUAUUGAGCGCAUGCCUCGUCUCAUUAGAACCUGAUUCCACACUUCGAUUGAUGGCCGACCAAUUUACCCCAGAUGAAAGGUUUAGUCAAGCCUCCGUUAACUGUCAACUAUCCACACCACAGGACGUUACGUGCACUCAUAUUCUCGUCUUCCCUACCUCUGCUACCACGCAGUCAUCGCAAACUGCUUUCCAAGAGCAACACAUAAAUGGACCAGAUCUUGGGGACGAUGAACUAUUCUCAGCCCUGGACGAUGACAUGCCGGAGGGAAUGGAAGGAAUGGGAGACUUCAAUGAUAUUUUCAGCGUAUGGCCAGAAGCAGGUGCUGGUGGAGGACAAAGUCCUGGAGGGAGUCCUCACCGACCAGAGGGUUCUCCUCUAGGUGGUGAAGGCGGAGGUUCAGGCCUCGGAAAUCAUGACGGACCUGGCAGUCCAUUCCCAUGCAACAAUACUCCCAGGACGGCUGUGAACGAUCAGGCAGAAGAAGUUGGUACGCUUCUGCAGCAACCGUUGGCUCUUGGUUAUUUGGUAUCAACAGCACCUACAGGACGCAUGCCCUCCUGGUUUUGGUCAGCGUGCCCUCACCUGGAUGGCGUUUGCCCGGUCUUCCUUAAGAAUGCUUUGCACUUGCACAGCCCCGCUAUUCAGCAGAACAGCGAUGAUCUUUUGCAACAGCAAAGUGCCCUCACCGCGCAUCCGCUCGAUUCUCAAUACACCACCGAUGUGCUUAGGUAUGUGCUGGAGGGAUACAACGCAUUGUCCUGGCUUGCGGUAGACGCUAAUACAAAAGACCGACUUUCCUGUCUGCCGGUCCAUGUCCAGGCACUCAUGCAGCUCUACCACGCAGCGGCAGCCCUCGUCUGACCCAGACCCUCUCUUGUAACGCAGCAAGCGGCGCUUCUCUCUCUCACAUUCGUUACCGUAAAAACAUUACUCGGGGCUUGGCGAGAGCAAAUAGUCUGGUAUUCGCUCUACAGCGGUACAACGUUCAAUGUCACAAUAAAUGGUAUUCAACAAUCAAGUUGAAUGAUAAGAAUGAGAGAACUAGGGAGGCAUUUGGAGUCUCAUUGUUAUACAAUUUAAAUAUUCGGGUUCAAAUGAUUGCGACAAGCGUCGUACGCGCCUGUAGAGUGAUUAAAAGACUUGUGAAAUUGCCUCUCGGUUAGUAGAUAGUUUAAUUAAAAAAAAAAAAAGAUCAGAACCACUAGUAAUUUACGUAUCCAAAUGUUUUUAAUUGUAAAUUAAAAUUUUUGUACAAAGGAUUUUAUUACGCUAGCGACAAGUAAUAUAACAUAUAUUACAUUGUUUUAUAAUUUUAUAUAGGUAAAGAAACGAAAAAAAAAUAAUAAUAAUAAUAAUACGGGGGUAAUUUGUUAUUUGCCUCAAAAAAGCCCCAAGUACGCGACGUGUGCGCGUGACAACGAGUCGAUUGUUAUCACGUUAGUCAGACUCUCAAGCGCAUCGUUGCAAAGUAUGCGAAUUAAAUUAGAAUAAUAAAAAACAGAGAAAAAAAA